AAUGGCCUCGGACACCCAGGCAGCCCCUGACGUGUCGGGGAGGAGCCGGGCGCGGAGGUACGCGGAGUGGAGCUCGGGGCUGCGUAGGGGAGCUGAGCCGAGCGGCUGGGCGGGCCUGGCCGGGCCAGCGGAGCGGAGACGUCGGUUGAGCGGCGGCGAACAUGCGCUUUUGACACAUUGGAGGCUUUCUUGAUCAUGGAUGGUGAAGAUAUACCAGAUUUUUCAAGUUUAAAGGAGGAAACUGCUUAUUGGAAGGAACUUUCCUUGAAGUAUAAGCAAAGCUUCCAGGAAGCUCGGGAUGAGCUAGUGGAAUUCCAGGAAGGAAGCAGAGAAUUAGAAGCAGAGUUGGAGGCACAAUUAGUACAGGCUGAACAAAGAAAUAGAGACUUGCAGGCUGAUAACCAAAGACUGAAAUAUGAAGUGGAGGCAUUAAAGGAGAAGCUAGAGCAUCAAUAUGCACAGAGCUAUAAGCAGGUCUCAGUGUUAGAAGAUGAUUUAAGUCAGACUCGGGCCAUUAAGGAGCAGUUGCAUAAGUAUGUGAGAGAGCUGGAGCAGGCCAACGACGACCUGGAGCGAGCCAAAAGGGCAACAAUAGUUUCACUGGAAGACUUUGAACAAAGGCUAAAUCAGGCCAUUGAACGAAAUGCAUUUUUAGAAAGUGAACUUGAUGAAAAGGAAUCUUUGUUGGUCUCUGUACAGAGGUUAAAGGAUGAAGCAAGAGAUUUAAGGCAAGAACUAGCAGUUCGGGAAAGACAACAGGAAGUAACUAGAAAGUCGGCUCCUAGCUCUCCAACUCUAGACUGUGAAAAGAUGGACUCCGCCGUCCAAGCAUCACUUUCUUUGCCAGCUACCCCUGUUGGCAAAGGAACGGAGAACACUUUUCCUUCACCGAAAGCUAUACCAAAUGGUUUUGGUACCAGUCCACUAACUCCCUCUGCUAGGAUAUCAGCACUAAACAUCGUGGGGGAUCUCUUACGGAAAGUAGGGGCUUUAGAAUCCAAAUUAGCAGCUUGCAGGAAUUUUGCAAAGGACCAAGCAUCACGAAAAUCCUAUAUUUCAGGGAAUGUUAACUGUGGGGUGCUGAAUGGCAAUGGCACAAAGUUCUCUCGAUCAGGGCAUACAUCUUUCUUCGACAAAGGAGCAGGUACGACUCUAGAAACGUUCACAAUUUCUGAAAGCAGCUGGGAUUUUCUGCCGUCCUCAAUAAUUAUGGCACACGUGUAAAGGAGCAGAUUCGACACACGGUGCACUCUGAAUAGGCUCCUAUCCUUGUAAUGGAGUGUUUUGGUUGAUCUCUGUCCCUAAUUUUACCCUGGAGUAUAUACAUUUCAUUAAGGAUUUUGUAUUAAAAGCACAUCCUAAAACAUCACUAUACAAAUUAGAACUUUAUUCUUUCUUAAAAAAUUUUUUAAAAUAAUUUUUGUUUUCUUUUGAAGAGAUGGGGGUCUCACUCUGUUGCCUACGCUGAUCUCAAACUCCUGGGCUCAAGUGAUCCUCCUGCCUCAGCCUCCCAAAGUGCUGGGCUUGCCGCCGCGCCCAGCUGAAAUCAGAACUUUAUUCUAACCAUUGAGUUUCCUCGGGUGGAGUAAACAUAAAAUUGAUUUUCCUCAGGCUUAGGAGUUUCAGGCAGACUUGAGGCAGCCCUUGUUUUUAUACUGGAAUGAUAAAUGGAAUGAAUGACUGGAUGGUUUUACAUGAGCGUAGCCAUUUCCCCUGAAUGAUAUGGAGAACUUUUAGGGUAGUCUUCAUAAAUGCUGGAAGCAGUGCCUAAUUAUUUUUCCCUACAACUUAUAAUGAUCCUCUACUAGAGUAGUUAUUAGUUUCUCCUUGGAAUCGUAUUUCUUGAUGGGCCGCAGGUGCCUUUCAUGAGAGCAGGUGUGAAUCAUAAAUGGAUAGGUCGGACAGGUGCCUGUGCGUGUGGAAGCCCUGAAGAACAGUCACGAGGAGGGAAGGAUGACACUGUCUGUUCAGGGUCGCUACUCCUGCCUGCCACUUGCCUCCCAAGACAGAGCACCAGGGCAGGGAUUGCCAAGAGGUGAACCUGCUCUGAGGGAGAUGUGGGGACCUUAGGGUGAGCUGAAGCCAGGAACAGGCCUUGGGCACACUGACUGCACCCCUGCCCCUUGAGAGCAUCCGAGAUGUAAGUGUGGGCUUUACUUCCUGAGCUGAACCCGGAAAUGUGCUGUGCUUCCCAAUCGGAACAGUUGCAGAUACUGAGUUUUGGUUUUAAAUGGUAGACAUUUUACAUUGUGCCUUUUCUAUUAAGAAAUAUGCUUUUGUGGGCUGGCUGUUGUGUGAGUGUUUAGCUUAUAUGAUAAGUGGAUUGUGUAUGCGCACUGAAAUAUUAACCUACUGUUGCUGGAGUUGUCUUUCUAGUUGCUGUAUUCCUGAGGAUAACUCUUUUGUGGGUUUUGUUGUGUUUUCACUUUCUUGCCGCUUUGCUUCGAUUCCGGCUUUUGGCCUGUCUGGCUUUUUACCUCUGGCUUUUCUUCUGCCGACCUGUUGACCAGAUAAAAACCAAGAUGUUGUGUAGCAGCCGCAAAAGGAAGGGCAGGAUAUCCCACUUCCCAGGUCCAUUAUACACUCUGGCAGUUUUUGUUAAAAACACAAAAGCCUGUCUGUAUAGAAGUGGAGAAGUAUGGCUUGUAGUUUCAGCAUGAGAAAAGUGCCCCAUUUGAAAAAGCCCUCCACUGCAGAACCUGCCUGCCCUCCCUCUCACUCCUGAGGAGUCUGUAGCACCGUGGCGAUGGCUCACUAGUGCUGCCAGAAACCUGUGGCAGGAUUGUUUGGGGGAGAGACAUCAUCAAAGUAGGUUUGUGUGCGUGUGCAUGUGUGCGGGUGUACAUGUGUUCACCUUCCCACCUGCUGAAACUUCAGAUGCAGUGAAGCCUUCUCACAUAAAACAAUAUACCUUAACUGGGCAUAUUGCUCUGUGGGAUUCAAAAGUAUUUUGUAAAUUCUGGUCACUUGAGGGCUUCUUGGAAUCAGGAUUUUGUCUAGUCUGUGAGCACUUCUGCCAGUUCCUGAAACAUGGGCUGCCGUGCCUGCUUCCCAGGUGCCGAGCUGUUUCCUUCAACCAUGGUCACCCUUUGUCUCACCAUCUGAAAGGACACACAUUUCAUGUGGAGUGUGGUCACUUGGAGUCUCUCAAAAACACUUUUUUCCCACAACUUUAUGUAGUUUCUUAGGUAACACGUGCUCUAUUUUUGUAAGCCACUCUGAGUUCUUUUGGGCUGUGUGUAGGUGGGCAUGGACUAAUUUUAGGGCAUGAUGUGGAAAUAGCAUUUGUAUUACUGUUU